AUGCCGCGGCCAAAAGAGCUCGAUUUUGCGAACGCACCUGCUACUUCCAAACCUGGAUAUCAGCCAUGGUACAUUCCAGCUUCGAAUGCCGGAUUCGGCGGGGAUUUUUUCAAAAACUGCUCGACUUGCGACGUUUCUUUGAGACCGGGGUUAAUAAAUGUCCGAGACAACAAAAAAGACGAUCGCUACAAAAAGCCCCAGCGCGAAGCUGUCAUCGCAAAAAUGCUAGACUCGAUUGAAAAAGACACUGCUUUUCGCAUCGAUUACGUGGAAAAAGGCACUGAAUUACAGGUCAUGUCAACUCGGCCUCAACCAGAAAUAAGGGAUGAAGCCGAUUUGUCUGGUCCAUUUGAGCUAGUCGUGCCGAUUUCAGAAAGCGGCAAUUUCGCGAAGUUUACCUGCAGAGGGGAUAAUACCAAGCUGACGUGUGGGGCUAUUGAAGCUCCUUACAAAGAAAACGGUCGGUGGGCAAUGACAAAACGAUGGGUUCAAUCAAUCGAUCUUCCAAAAAACACUGUUGCCUCCACUAUUUCUGUCACUGUAGAAAAGCAGAAUAAGCGCUUCAUCAUCUCUGGUCAGACCCAGUUCGAGUCGCCUGCAUUAAGUUCGCUUGAUAUUUCCAUAAAUUUGAAAUAA